CCCCGCUUCCUUCCUCCAUCAACACUGGUCGCCAUGACAGAGAGGCAGCAGCUUUGUGUGUCCAAAGAGACACCAUCUCCCUCGGGUGAACCUUCAAAUUCAUCUUUGUCUUCAGCCGCUUCCGCUCAGUCUGGUGUGAAGUUCAUUCUAGAACCCAGCAUUGCUAUUAUUGAGAAUUCUUCGGGUGUCAGCAAACAAAAUUCCGUCAGGAUGGCCACGCAACUGUAUGAGAGCUUCACUGCUGAUCAAAUCACGGAUGCUAUGCUGGAUGAAGCAGCAAAGCUCUUCAGCGAGAAUUACGGAAUUUGGGGAAAGCAGUCCCGGUGUCCAGGAAAGCCGGUUAAACUCAGUGGGCACCGACUGCGAGAACAAUACUUGCCCGAGGCCUCAGCAAGUCUUCAUGUCAGAGUGACCGUUGAUGGGAACCUUGCUGGAAGUGCAUUCGCCUGCCGCUGGAAACAUGAUGGCAAAAAUGUCUGUUGGAUCACUCAGUUGGUGGUAGAUAGAGACUAUCGUGAGCGUGGACUUGCCGGUGGCCUUUUAAGGUCCAUUCGAUCGGAUGGGGACGACAUAUAUGGUAUUAUGAGCUCUCACCCUGCAGCUUGCUUGGCGGCUGCUUCAGCUUUUGGAACAAGUAUUGAAAGAGUGUCUCUCAACUUCAUUGCGGAAAAUGCCGAAGCAAUCAUGAAAGUAUCACCGAUAUCCUACGUUAGAGAGGCGAAAUUGUGCGGCUCUCUCUUCGAACCCGAGGAUCCGACAGGACUUAUUUGCGGAGUCAAUACUGGUUUUUUUGUUGACCAUGAGGAGCCAUUAGAGGCUUUGAAAAUGGUUAAAGAAACCUGGGUGUGGCCAUUUGGAGACUUGCUAGAUGGUCAUGAGUAUCUUCUUGUUCUGCCAGCCAAACACCGCCGAUCGAGAUCACGCUCGUCCAAACCCAAAAGAGAUAUGCCGAGCUAGACGUACUAUCUAGUACAACAAUUGUUGGGGCUUGAGGUACGAGAGAUUUGGGCAAGAUAAACCAUUAAAAAAUUCAUCAAUUUGUUCUCAAGUUCACUGUAGAUAUUUCACUAGUGACAAACCACCCAAUCUUAGACUGUAUCUGAUCGCACACACCAUGAAAAAGAUAGGUACCCAACCCCAGGAUCAAAAAUUGAUGUUGCUUCCCCUCAAUCACUCGAACUGCAUUCUGGAAGCUAUCCGUGCUCUUGUCGAUAUCUCCAAGCUUGUACCAUGUGAUACAAAGGAAAAGGUGGGCAACACCGCAAGCGAAAACUUCUUCCUCGAAAGGGUUGUAGAAUCUAUUCCAGUACAAGACCUCGUUCCACCGUUCCAAUGCAUCCUCGGCGGUUAGAGAGAGACGUGCGAGGGCAAUGCGUACCCUGACAUGACCAAGCCGAUCCACUAUGUCUGGCUCUUGUAAGUUGCCAUAUAUGACUAUUAGCUUCCUGGCUAACAGGCCAGCAUCCCGAUAAUAGCCUUGCCUGAUUUUGACCUCGGUAAGGGAAAGGAGUAAGCGUCGAAAUCCUUUGAAAUGCUGACCAGACGACGCUUUCAGGCGUUCAGUUUCUGGUUCCACGAUUUCCUUUGCCUGGGAGAGAAAAGACCGAUUCCCCGUUUGAUAGUCCAACUCACAGUAAGUAUCUGCAAGGGUUGACUGAACAAUGAACCGCUGGGAUUUGCGCAGUCCUGGACUUCCGAGGCAGGUCAUGAAGCAGGUCUUUGCUUGCUCAAACCCUCCCUCUCCUCUCAUAAUCCGGCCGACGCAAAGUACUUGGUCCCAAGGCAGGUAUUCCUGUGUUCUUGGAAAAUUCGCAAUUUUUCUAACUUCUUCAUGUGCUUCCGCGAAAUUGAAGUGAUAUAAGUGGUUUGUUGCUUGUGAUAGACACAGAGCUGUGAGGUCCUCGCGCCGUACCAAACCAUCCAACUCAGAAUUCAGGUUCAGCAAGAAUGCCUUGAUGAUAUCCCUGGAGAGCUUGACAUCACCUUUAAGCCGCGUCAAAACACUCUGUUGAUGGGUUAUCCCAGCCUGGGACUGCCAAAAUUUCCGGAUAAAAUCAAGAAUCCAUUGACAGCUGCUAAAAUCCCAGAAUGUAAGAUUGGAUGUUGCUAGCAAAGACUUAACAAAGUCAAUUUGACUGGUAUUGGGAUGCCAGGUUGUGUAAA